CUCAGACACUCUCGGAAGGUUGGAAGACCGCCUACUCACUUUCGCUAUGGGCGAUAAAAUCGUCGAGCAGCCAGCAAAAGAAAUGCCGGAAAUGAAGAACGUUAGACUGAAAAUGACAAAUUUACGCCUUCAUGCAAACGGAGUAUUCAGCAACGUCUACAGAGGGACACUUCUCUCUCCUGGAAAUGCGCCGAGGGAAAUAGCUAUCAAGAAAACAUGGCCAGAAAGCAGAGACCGAAAUUUCGAGAUGAUUUUUCUCACUGGGAUUAGCAGAGAAAAGCACAAAAACAUUGUUCAGAUGAUAUAUGCGUUUUCUAAUAAGAGAGACGAUCGGAUAUGCGAGUCAUUUGUUUUCGAUUUUAUGCCUGAUACUCUUGGAUCUCUCAUCGACAACAAUGCACUAGACUUUGUCGAUAUAAAAGUUUAUACUUGGCAAAUGUUUAAUGGCUUACAGUACCUUUGCCAGCUACAAAUCAUGCACCGAGAUAUAAAACCGGUGAAUAUUCUUGCCGAUCAUCAACAAGGACUUCUCAAAAUUGGGGAUUUCGGUUCUGCAAAAGUUGUUAGGCCGGGAAUGAGUUCAACACCAUAUCAGGUAACCAGAUUUUAUCGUCCUCCGGAGCUGCUACUUGGAUCUGAAAACUAUAACUGGACAGUCGAUAUAUGGUCCGCGGGAUGCGUAUUAGGUGAGAUGGUAAAAGGAAAUGUGCUGUUUCCUGGGAGAGAUACAAAACAUCAACUCAAACUGAUUCGUCGCGCACUUGGUAGUCCAACAGAAGCAGACAUUAGAUCAAUGAAAAUCUCAAAACCACCUGAUCCUUUGGUUGAAAGAGUUGCCGGUACCGGACUUGCUGCGCUUCUUCCUUCCGCUCGGCCUGAUGUUGUAUAUUUUCUCAGCAAGAUACUUUUGUAUAAACCUCGAGCUCGACUUGGAGGAAAAGAAGUGCUUCGCGAUCCUUUUUUUGACUCUAUAUUUCGGGAAGGUGCAAAAAGAUCAAAUGGGCAACUUAUCUCUCGAAUUAUUACAUCCGCUGAUAUAGCAGAGGCACAUUCAAUCGAUGAGUCGAAAGUUCGAACGAAGUUGAGUUCAAUAUUAGUAAAAACAAAGCUCGACUUUAGUUGCGAAGACGACUCAAAGGAUAGCAAAGAGACGAAGGGAAGUACACGCAGCGGCGAGUCUAUUAAUGGUGACAGGCGAAGGUCAAAGAGAGCAAAGAAUGCUCGUAAAAAAUCUAUGAUGAUGGUCGCCCCUCGAAAAUCCGGAACAGCAACAAAUAGGAAGAAAAAGUCAAUUAUGAAAAGGUUUAAGAGCACACAAUGAAUGCCGAAUACUUCAAUUCCUAUAAAUCCACUCUUAAAAGCAUCGAAAUCAAUAACACCUG